GUCAAAAUACCACAAGUUGAAAUUUGGCACUGAGCUGAACCAGGGGGAAAAGAAACCGGAGGCCUCUGAACCAGUGUCCAACGGGCCAGCUGAGCCCCUUUCACUGGAGAACAGCCCCUUCAUCUGGAAAGAAGGACGCCAGCUCCUCCGUCAAUAUUUGGAAGAAGUGGGCUACACGGACACCAUCCUGGACAUGCGCUCCAAGCGAGUCCGCUCUCUGCUGGGCCGCUGCUCCGUGGAGCUGAACGGGGCUGCCGAAGCUGGCGGACUGGGCACCGGACCAGCCCUGGCGGCCACCAGCCUCAACGGAGGAGAGUCGCUUCUCGUCAAGCAGAUCGAAGAGCAGAUCAAAAGGUGAGCGGCCGUUGGGAUGGGCUUUUGGGGGGGGGGAGGGGGUCUGUCCAGGUUGGAGAGGAUGACCUCGCUGGGAGCCUUGGUUUGUGGGUCUCCAUCACCGCGGCUCUUGUUAGGUUUCCUGGAAGAGGGAAAGCGGCUCCUUGCCUUUCUUCGUACUUCCUGUUUGGUGUUGGCAUUAAGGUGCUAGCAGUAGCAUUGAUGAAGUUACCUAGUUGGGUCAUGAGAUGUCUGAGAAAAGCACCAAGCUCAGCACCAAGGACGCCACAUUCCUUCCCCUUCUCCCCACAACCCCCUCCCUUCCAGCACUGAUGAUGUUACCUAGUUGGGUAAUGAGAUGUCUGCAAGAAAACCACCCAGCCCAGAGAGCACC